AACUAAAAAAAAUAGGGUUUUAGAAGAAAAAACCAAAAACAAAGAAGAUAGAGAGGGAAAAAGAGUAGAACAAGAGCUUAGAGAGAACAAACGUAUCAAAAUAGUGUUUGAUUUCAAUUUCAAUUUCAAUGUGUUUGUGAAAUGAAUGUAAUGGCACCUGUGCUUCUUCGUCGUCUUCCUCUACUUCGCUUCAUGGCCUCUCGCAAUUUCUUCACACCCUCUUCCUUCCGUCUUCAUUCUUAUCCUCAUUCUUCUUCAUCUCUUCCUCUUUCUACUCUCUCUAAACCCAGGAAGAGAAUUUCUCUUAGAAAGUUUGCAGUUCCUAGUUUGGUGUCAAAUGCAGUCACUUCAAGGGCGUAUAUGUCUUCUUUAUCUGAGGCUGAAGAUAUUCAGAAAAAUGAAGGUUCCAAAGCUUAUGGUUCUGAUCAAAUUCAGGUACUUGAAGGCUUGGACCCUGUAAGAAAAAGGCCUGGGAUGUAUAUUGGAAGCACCGGCACGCGUGGGUUGCACCAUUUGGUCUAUGAAAUUUUGGAUAAUGCUGUUGAUGAAGCUCAAGCUGGGUUUGCUUCAAAGAUUGCCGUUGUUUUACAUGAAGACGAUGCAGUGAGCAUCACCGACAAUGGUCGUGGGAUUCCUACGGACAUGCAUCCAACUACAAAGAAAUCUGCCUUAGAGACAGUGUUGACGAUCUUGCAUGCUGGUGGAAAAUUUGGUGGCGUCAAUAGUGGCUACUCUGUUUCCGGAGGUUUACAUGGUGUUGGCUUAUCUGUUGUUAAUGCCUUGUCUGAGGUAUUAGAGGUAACCGUUUGGCGUGAAGGGUUGGAAUACACACAAACAUAUUCUCGCGGGAAGCCGGUGACAACUUUGAAUUGUGUCAUGCUUCCUUUUGAAAGUAAAGACCGUCAAGGAACGCGUAUCAAAUUUUGGCCUGACAAAGAAGUAUUCACCACUGCUAUUCAGUUUGAAUAUAACACAAUAGCUGGACGCAUUAGGGAGUUGGCUUUCCUUAACCCAAAGCUUACGAUUGUGCUUCGGAAAGAAGACAGUGAUCCAGAAAAGGUCCAAUAUAAUGAGUAUUUCUAUGCCGGUGGAUUGGCUGAAUAUGUGAAAUGGCUUAACACAGAUAAGAAAGCUGUUCAUGAUGUUCUGAGUUUCAGAAAAGAAAUAGACGGAGUCGCAGUUGAUGUAGCUUUGCAAUGGUGUGAAGAUGCAUAUUCCGAUACAAUACUAGGAUAUGCUAAUAGUAUACGGACUGUCGAUGGCGGCACCCAUAUUGAUGGCAUGAAGGCUUCUUUAACAAGAACACUAAACAGUCUCGGAAAGAAAUCAAAAGUUAUCAAGGAAAAGGAUAUUACUUUAAGUGGAGAGCAUGUGAGAGAAGGCUUAACCUGUGUUGUCUCAGUCAAGGUCCCAAAUCCGGAGUUUGAAGGACAAACAAAAACAAGGUUGGGAAAUCCAGAGGUUCGGAAAGUGGUUGACCAAUCUAUUCAAGAGUAUCUUACCGAGUAUUUGGAACUGCAUCCAGAUGUUCUGGAUGCAGUGCUCUCUAAAUCUCUUAAUGCUUUCAAGGCAGCUUUGGCUGCAAAAAGAGCAAGGGAGUUGGUGAGACAGAAGAGUGUAUUGAGAUCUUCAUCUCUUCCGGGGAAACUUGCUGAUUGUUCAUCAUCAAAUCCUGAAGACUGUGAAAUUUUUAUAGUUGAAGGUGAUUCUGCUGGGGGAAGUGCUAAGCAAGGUCGUGACAGGCGCUUUCAGGCCAUUCUCCCAUUGAGGGGUAAGAUUCUGAAUAUUGAAAGGAGGGAUGAAGCAGCAAUGUACAAAAAUGAAGAGAUCCAAAAUUUAAUCCUUGGUCUCGGUCUCGGAGUGAAGGGAGAGGAUUUUAAAAAGGACGCACUUCGAUAUCAUAAGAUUAUUAUUUUAACUGAUGCUGAUGUAGAUGGUGCUCACAUCCGUACUCUGCUACUGACAUUUUUCUAUAGAUAUCAGAGAGCUUUGUUUGAUGAAGGUUACAUAUAUGUUGGUGUUCCGCCACUUUACAAGGUUGUAAGGGGAAAACAAGUGCACUAUUGUUAUGAUGAAGCCGAUCUUAAAAAACUUAAGAGUUCAUUCCCUCCUAAUGCAUCAUACAACAUGCAAAGGUUCAAAGGGCUGGGAGAGAUGAUGCCCUUGCAACUAUGGGAGACAACCAUGGAUCCAGAACAGAGGUUGUUGAAGAAGUUGACGGUUGAGGAUGCAGCUGAAGCAAAUAUUGUUUUUUCAUCCCUUAUGGGUGCUCGGGUGGAUGUUCGGAAGGAGCUGAUACGAAAUGCCGCAAACAUGAUUGAUAUUGAUCAGCUAGAUAUUUGAUGAUGAUGCGACACGGUAUGGAAGAAAUGAGAUUUUUUUCCUUCUUAUUAACAACCAUACACUACAUCAUAGUCAAGCACAGAUUACUCGAUAUGUUUGUGGAAGACGGAAUGUCUUUCUUAAUCGAAGCUUGGCGCUCCUGUUAUUUUCUUCGGUGACAUUUUUGUGAUUCAUAGUGGAGUGGUCUUUUGCACUUGGUGGGAAAGUUUUUGGAGGCUUGGUUGAAAUCUAAUUUGACAAAAAGUGUACAUUUUUCUGAUUCAACAUUGUGUGAAGCUGUGUAAUCUUAUUAAUACCCUUCAAAAGUUACCAGCUUCUGAACUGUGUUUGAUUGUGCCAUUUUAGAAGGGUAAGUUAUAGUGUAAUCAAUCAAAAUAACUUUAAUAACUUGAACUGUUCUUGAGAUAGUUGUCUUUUAUUUAUUAUUAUUUUUCAAUGUAGUGUGUUAAUAGACAAUGCACUCAUAGUUAUUAUUCAACAAUGCACUCAUUGUCUA